AGAGUCUCAGUUUGCGCGCGCGCGGACGGACAGGUGGGUGGCUCGUUGGCUCGCUCGCUCAGACAGAAGCUGCUCUCCUUUGGAAGCAUCAGGCGCUCGCUCGGCUGCAGCAUGGACUCUCCCUCUGCCGAUAUUCACCUUAGUCCAGUAACCAAGAACGCGGUCCUAGUGGAUGGCGUUGUUCUUAAUGGACCAACUCUGGACUCCAAGUCUGGGGAGAAGUUUGUGGAAGAAGCUUUUCCUUUAAUCAUGGAAGAAGCAGUCAGAAAAGCAACAAAUGUCAACGAAAAGGUGUGUGAGUGGCAGCCCCCUGAUGCCCUGAAGCAGCUUCUGGACCUGGAGCUGAGGGAGGAAGGUGAAAGUCACCAGCAGAUCCUGCAGCGCUGCCAGGAUGUCAUCAAGUACAGCGUCAAGACAGGUCACCCGCGCUUCUUUAACCAGUUAUAUGCUGGACUGGAUCAUUACUCCCUGGUCGCUCGUUUCAUUACAGAAGCCCUCAAUCCCAGCGUAUACACCUAUGAAGUGUCGCCCGUGUUUCUGCUGAUUGAAGAAGUCGUUUUAAAGAAGAUGAUGGAAUAUGUUGGCUGGGAGAAAGGAGGAGAUGGCAUCUUUUGUCCUGGUGGCUCAGUUUCCAACAUGUAUGCUGUCAACGUGGCCCGGUACAAGCACUGUCCGAAUAUUAAAGAUGAGGGUCUCUCGGGGCUCCCAAGACUGGUUAUGUUUGCCUCAGAAGAGUGCCACUACUCAAUAAGCAAAGCUGCUGCCUUCCUUGGAAUAGGCAUGAAAAAUGUUUAUGCAGUUUCAUCGGAUGACAGAGGUAAGAUGAUACCUGAGGAGCUGGAGAAACAAGUCCAACGAGCCAAGAAAGAGGGGGCCGUGCCGUUUCUGGUCUGCGCUACCGCUGGCACAACGGUGUUUGGAGCCUUUGACCCGCUGCAGGAGAUUGCGGACGUCUGUAAGAAGCACCACCUCUGGCUCCAUGUCGACGCCUCGUGGGGUGGCAGUGCAUUGAUGUCUAGAAAACACCGACAUCUCCUCAGUGGCAUCCAUAGAGCUGAUUCAGUGGCUUGGAACCCACACAAGAUGUUAAUGGCGGGUCUCCAGUGUUGUGCUUUCUUAAUGAAGGACAGAACGGGCCUGCUUCAGAUGUGCCACUCUGCACAAGCAUCAUAUCUGUUCCAGAAGGACAAAUUCUACGAUGUGAGCUGUGACACAGGAGACAAGUCAAUCCAGUGCAGUCGCAGAUCUGAUGCCUUCAAGUUCUGGUUCAUGUGGAAGGCCAUCGGCACACGUGGGCUCGAGGGGAGAGUAAACCGGGCCCUCGCCCUGGCAAGGUACCUGGCAGAAGAAAUCAAAAAGAAAGAAGGCUUCCGACUUCUACUGGAACCUGAAUAUGCAAAUGUCUGCUUCUGGUACAUUCCACCAAGUCUGAGGAAUAUGCCUGAGGGUCCUGAGUUCUGGAAGAGACUUCAUCAGGUUGCACCGGCCAUCAAAGAGAGGAUGAUGAAGAAGGGCUCCAUGAUGAUCGGCUACCAGCCACACCGCUGCCAGGUGAACUUCUUUCGUCAGAUCGUCAUCAGCCCCCAGGUGAGCCGUGAAGAUAUGGAUUUUGUGCUUAAAGAGAUCGAGGCCCUCGGCGUGGACAUGUAGCGGCCGGCGUCUGGACGAGCAGAGGAACACAGCAAGGUCUCCUCUCCAGCUUCAAUCCACACCUGAAAUUAGUUGUGCCCACAUGAGGACUUUCUUCCAGAAUUGUUUUGGUCUAAAGAUACUGCUGUACUCUUGUCUUGGAGUUUAAACUGUGCAUUUGGAUCGCAGUAAAGA